AGUCAGGCCACGCGCAAGACGGGUCCUUCCUCCUCUUCCGACGACGACCUCGCCGGCAUCCGUCUCAGCCUUGAACAACCAAGUGUUGCCCCCACCACCUCCACCCACCACCACCACCAACAGCCCCUGGUCGUACAUAUUCAACCCCCCGCGGCUCUUCCAAAAUGAGUAUGGGAUCUAGUUGGCAACGCUUCUCCCGCGCCGAAGCACCCGAGCGCGGCGCCUUCCCUUUGGACCUGAAUGGCGAAUGCCAGGACUUCGUCAAAAUCUACAUGGCAUGUCUCAAAGAAGCCAAAGGGAAUAACGGUAGAUGUAAACCGCUCGCGAGGGAGUAUCUGAAGUGUCGGAUGGAUCAUGGGCUUAUGAAUAAGGAAGAUUUUCGGAAUCUCGGAUUUCAUGAAGACGACGCUGCGACAUCGCCGGAAAAACCAUCAAUAUCCAGUGCCACCAGUGCCACCAGUGCGACCAGUGCGAAGAAAUGAUCAGCACCAUAUGCAGUUCAGAGGAUUUCGGCCGGGAGGCAGAUCUCGACCAUUAUCAUAUUCAGAACCGUCACAUGCGAUACGCCAGAGCCGCCCACCACUCGGCCGCGAA